AUGCCGGUCAAGUCCAAGGCCCAACCCGUCUCCAAGGCAUCGUUGAAGCGUCUUAGAGAGGAGGAGGAGGAGUUGGAAGACUCGCCAUCAUCAAGUGAUUUUGAACAGGGGUCCAGCCAAGACGGUUUGUCGGACGGAAGCGACGCAGAAGAGGAUUUCGAGGACGUCGACUCGGACGAUGCAGAUGCACCUAGGAUCGCCCAGUGGGAGCCAGACGACGAUGAUAUAUACAACAAGAUAGAGGAAGAAGAAGAACCCAAGAAACAACCCUCGCAGCUGUCUGCUUUAGAAAAUAACCUCCGCGGUCUUCCUUUGGGAGCACUACGCAAGGCACAAAAAGCUCUAGCGCAAGUUCAGGCAGAGAGUGAUUCUGAAUCAGAGUCUGGCGACGAAGAGUCGGAUGAAGACAGUGGAUCAGAAGUGGAGGAGGAAUCUACGAAACCGCAAAAGGUCGAGUGGAUAUCAAGAGAUACCAAAAAGCACGCUAGGGCGAACAAGCAUGCGCCCAUGGAAGUGACUUCCAAAAAGCCCGUCUCUCGUAAACGAACAGUUGUCGAAGUGCCCAAACUUGUACCUCGAGACCCCCGCUUCCUGCCCACGGCCGGCGAAUUCAAACCCGAAGCAUUCCAAAAGUCAUACGGUUUCCUAGCCGAGUCGCGCAAGGAAGAACUCAAGACACUAAAAGAAACCCUCGCUAAAGCUCGCAAGGCAAUGUCUUCCUGUCCUGCACAUCUACGCGACGAAAGAGAGCAGGAGAUCGAGCGGUUGGAGAGGGCUGUGAAGCGAACUGAGAGUUUGGUUAAUAAGGAUAGGAUGGACGCCAUUCAGCAACAGGCUUUGCAAAGAGUGAAGAAGGAGGAGAAGGAGAAACAGAAGCAGGGCAAAGGAAAGUGGUUCUUGAAACAAUGUGAGUACCAAAGAGCCUUUCUAUCAGGAUACGAACUCACCUGUUCCCCCAGCGGAAAAACGAAAGGUGGUACAAAAGGCUCGCUUCGAAGCUUUGUCGCAGGAAGGUGGUCACCGCGCAGUCAAGAAAGCUAUUGA